CAUCACCCGUCAUGACGAUUAAGAAAGAUCGGACAUCCAGAAACAGCAUUUCUUUAUCCUGGCAAGAACCUGAACACCCUAAUGGGAUCAUAUUGGACUAUGAGGUCAAAUACUACGAAAAGCAGGAACAAGAAACAAGUUAUACGAUUCUCAGGGCACGAGGCACUAAUGUUACCAUCAGUAGCCUCAAGCCUGAUACUACAUAUGUAUUCCAAAUCCGAGCCCGGACCGCAGCUGGAUAUGGGACCAACAGUCGCAAGUUUGAGUUUGAAACUAGUCCAGACUCUUUCUCCAUCUCUGGUGAAAAUAGCCAGGUGGUAAUGAUUGCCAUUUCAGCGGCGGUAGCAAUUAUUCUCCUCACAGUCGUCACCUAUGUUUUGAUUGGGAGGUUCUGUGGCUAUCAUAAGUCGAAACACGGUGCAGAUGAUAAAAGACUUCAUUUUGGGAAUGGACACUUAAAACUUCCAGGUCUCAGGACUUAUGUUGACCCACACACAUAUGAGGACCCUACCCAAGCAGUUCAUGAGUUUGCUAAGGAAUUGGAUGCCACCAACAUAUCCAUUGACAAAGUUGUUGGAGCAGGUGAAUUUGGAGAGGUGUGCAGCGGCCGCUUAAAACUUCCUUCAAAAAAAGAGAUUUCAGUGGCCAUCAAGACCCUAAAAGUGGGCUACACAGAAAAGCAGAGGAGAGACUUCUUAGGCGAAGCAAGCAUUAUGGGACAAUUUGACCAUCCCAAUAUCAUUCGACUGGAGGGAGUUGUUACUAAAAGUAAACCUGUUAUGAUUGUCACAGAAUACAUGGAGAAUGGUUCCUUGGACAGUUUCUUACGUAAACAUGAUGCCCAGUUUACAGUUAUCCAGCUGGUAGGGAUGCUUCGAGGCAUAGCAUCUGGCAUGAAGUACCUCUCAGACAUGGGCUAUGUUCACCGAGACCUUGCUGCUCGCAACAUCUUGAUCAAUAGUAAUUUGGUGUGUAAGGUUUCUGACUUCGGACUUUCACGGGUUCUAGAAGAUGACCCAGAAGCUGCUUACACAACAAGAGGAGGGAAGAUCCCAAUCCGGUGGACAUCACCAGAAGCCAUAGCCUACCGCAAAUUCACAUCAGCCAGCGAUGUGUGGAGUUACGGGAUUGUUCUCUGGGAGGUGAUGUCCUACGGAGAGAGACCAUACUGGGAGAUGUCCAAUCAGGAUGUAAUUAAAGCGGUGGAUGAAGGCUAUCGACUGCCACCUCCCAUGGACUGCCCAGCUGCGUUGUAUCAGCUGAUGCUAGACUGCUGGCAGAAAGACAGAAACAACAGACCCAAGUUUGAGCAGAUUGUCAGCAUUCUGGACAAGCUUAUCCGGAACCCAGGCAGUCUGAAGAUCAUCACAAGUGCAGCAGCAAGGCCAUCAAACCUUCUCCUGGACCAAAGUAACAUCGACAUUACUACCUUCCGCACAACAGGUGACUGGCUUAACGGUGUCCGAACAGCACAGUGCAAGGAAAUCUUCACAGGCGUAGAGUACAGUUCUUGUGACACCAUAGCCAAGAUUUCUGCAGACAGCGACAUGAAAAAGGUCGGUGUCACUGUGGUUGGGCCACAGAAGAAGAUCAUCAGUAGUAUUAAAGUUCUAGAAACACAAUCCAAGAAUAGUCCAGUCCCAGUGUAAAGUGUUAUUUCUGGAAGAAAGUGGAAAAUGUGGCAUCACUCUGCAGACUUGAUGACAACACUGGAAAUACUGGUGGACAUUCCAAGCCCAAUAAGACACUCAGAUACGAGUAAAAUGCCUUAAAAUGGAAUUCAAAAACUCCUUAUUUUCCCCUGUUGUUUAGUGGAUGGGUGGGUGGGUGUAUUUUGUUUUUUAAUUGCUUUUUUAUAUUAGUUGAUGGAUUAAAUCAGAAUUCUUCAGCGCAAAAUGACAAAGAACUAGCCUAGAGCCAUUGAUCAUAAACUGACUCUCAUAAAAGCAAAACAGAUGAAAUAGCGCAAUGAACAUGGUGGCUGUGCUUCUGAAUAGCCACAAGAGAACAGACUUGUGAUAUUUUUAUACCCAGAAGAGAUCUGUAACAGGUAUUUUGUUUCUUUGAAAGCAAGCAAAAUAGAGGAAUUCAUACCUCAAAUUAUCCGGCCAUAUUUACUACAUUUUCAUUGUAUUAUUCUCUUUUAUCUGUUAAAAAGCAUAUAGAAAUGAAGUUUGUAGUUGUUUUAAGUAUUACACAUUUUUGAUUGGUAGCCUUCCUAAGUAUUAUCAUGUAAAAAUGUGUUUUAAUUUUGAAGAAAAGUACAUAUUUAUUUUCUUUUGAAUUGUCUUUCAUUGUUUUCUAUUUAUGCUUUGAUGAUUUAACUUGGAUUUGUGACAGCCAAGGGCCAAAAGCUCUCUCAAAUUGUCAGCAGCAGAAAACAUGAUAAACUAGACACAGAAAAUGUUGUGUUUCUUUCCAGAUUGUUUGAAUCAUACACUCAUAUGUGUCUAUAUCUAUAUGUAAAAAGAAACAAAACCCUUUCCUCAUUCAUACACUAACCAAAUCUCUCACAGUCUGAAUUAUUCCACCCACUUUUGUCUCUCCAUUUAUUAUAAACUGCGUGCUCCUAGUUUAGUGUGAUAUACCGACUUGUGUGUAAUGGAUUUUCAAUGACAUACCUGCCUUGCUCCGGUGCUUAGGAGACCAUAAACUCCCUCCUUUGGUAAAAGAGCUAUAUUAGAGCUCCUGAGUAGAGAAUGCUACACUGGAAAGGAUUGGGAUACUAUUUAGGUUGCUGUAUUAAUUGGCAAUGUAGCCUAUAUGCUGCCUAUAAGCUGAUGCAUGAAUCAAAAAGAUCACUGGCUGACUGGUUUUGAAAUACCACUUUAUACAUUUGCUUAAACUUGUUGAGCUGAUUAUAGGGAAUAAGGAUUACUAAACUACUCAUCUGCAUCACUGAGCUUUUGCUAAAUUAUUUAAACAUUGUCAUCAUCAAUAGCAAGUAUUAUUAUCUUUGAGUCUCCAGUGAAAUGCACCUAUUAUAGUUUUGGUAUAUAUCUUAGAAACACUGAACUUCUUGACACAUUGAACAUAUAAUCUUCAAAACAGCUGGUUGUCCAACAAGACUCAAAAUCUGGAGAGAUCUCUUCUUGCAGAAACUUGGACUUGCUAUUCCAUAAAGGUCAAAUAUGAGCAUACUCUGUAAUAUUUGAAGUAUAUACCUGGUGGAGAUCUAGCCAUAAUAGAUGGUGGAGCAAUAUUUUAGCUCUAUCUAUAAUCUUUCUAAUGAUGAUAUGAUCAUGUUAUUGGAAUAAGAAAUGCAUAUGUCACAAGAAUAGAAGGGAUAAAACAAUGCUGCAACCUUUAUGUUCUUAUGCAAAAUGGAACACUUAUACAGUUUAUAAUCACAGAUCAAAUUUCACAAGUGCUAAUCUGUUGUAAAUUUAGUGUAAUAAGGCUUAUGUUGUAUUCCUUCAUAUAUAAAAUUAUUUCUCAAAUGUCUUCGAUAUUCUUAUAAUCAAAUCAUCCUACUAGAAUUAUGUAUUGGGUGUAUAAGAGCAUGAACCUUUUAAAAAGAUAUAUAUGAUUAUGAAAUUAAUUACAAAUUUCACUUAAGCCUGCUAGAAACAGCUCAAAAUCAUUUUUUAAGCAAACAUUUUGUUUUGUGGAAUGUUAGAUUGAGAUCUGAAUCUGGCUUCAAUCUCAUUUUUUUCCAGACUAGCGUUUACUUUCUUAGGUACUAUUCUGUGCAUACUCCACAAAAUCUGUGUAUUUCAUGAACUAGGAGAAGUUGAGGAUUGUUUAAUCUAUUUCAUUUAUUUUGGCUGUGGUUUCCAUUUGAAAGUGGAAAUUGUAUAUGCAGUAUAUUGCUCUUCAUUUUUCACUAUUUUUCUAUCUGACUUCUUAUAAAUUUACUUUUCACAAUCCUUACCCUGUACAUAUGUAAACAUAACAGUGUACGAUUCUUAACUGUGGAGUAGAGGUACUAGAAUGCUUAUGGCCAUCUCUUUGUACAGAAACUGUGUUGGCUUUCAGUAAACGUGAAACCACAAUUGCUUCAUAAUAUCAGGUACUAUAUUAUCUGAUUGUAUCUUAAGUUUGAUUUACAUAUUUAUUUCUGGUAACUUGCCCAUGUUAAGCUGUACUAAGUAUCAAAUAAGCCAUGUAUAAAUGUGAUAUGAUUGACAAUAUGUGUGUACUUUAAAUUUUCAUUUUCAAAACAUUACUCAUUUAGUCUAUGUUGUACAAUGUAGAUGGCCUCUUACUAAUGUAAAAUGAUUUGUAGUGGAAACAUUUAUAUUUUUAUAAUAAACAUAACGAAAAUAUUUUUUACAGAUUUGAA